ACCAAUCCAAUCGCUAAAGAAACUCCAAAACAUAAAGCAAAUAUGAAAAAUAAACUUAUUCCUCACUGGAAUCGGGGAGAUAAAAUGACGCCGGUCGGUGAAAGCCUUCGGGAAACCAGUCGCCCGAUGUAUCUUCUCUUCUCUCGAUGAAAGCGAGAGUAAGCAUAGGCACAUGGAAUAUCCGUACCAUGUAUAAACCUAGCAAGGUUUCCCAGAUUGCACAAGAGAUGAGAAGGUAUGCCAUAGAAGUGUUAGGAAUCUGCAAAAGCAUAUUCAAUGGAAUGGAAGUCGACUCUCCCAACUUUCAACUGCAGAGUCAAUAAUCUAUUCCAAUAUUGUCACACAGACGACAACCACCAGCACACUGAGUUUUCGAGUGGCUAUCACGAUGUCGCCAACAGCACCGAAGGCUCUCUCUGUCAUGCAGUUGGAACCAAUCUCCUCCAGCAUCCGAAUCAUGACAGAAAGGUUCAACUCAAAAGGAAGGAAAGUCACAAUCAUACAAUGCUACGCUAUACACCUACAAAUAAUGCGGAUCAAGAGAAGAAGGAGGAAUUCCAUAGACAACUGCAAUCAGCAAUAGAGAAGAACCUACUCCAGAUGGUGACAUCAAAAUUCUAAUGAGUGCGGUGAUGUGAAUACCAAACUGGGAGCGGACAACACAGGAAGAGAACUCAU